AUGGGUUCUCUUUGGAUCUCACCAAACUAUGAAGAGGAACCGGUUUCCGGAUUGGAUUUGCGCAUUGCAAGUUUAGCAUGGGGCUUCACGUUGGGUUUCAGUUUUCUCACAGCAGUGAAAGCUGGGCGACAGACGGCUACCAUAUGGAAAAGAGCUCAUAGAGUCACAACCUAUGUCAUCCUCAUUUGGGGCGAGAUGUUGGUCUCGACAAUCUUUGGAUUUAUUUGCUGGUUUUUCAUUGACCACUUCUUCCAACCAAGCUUUGCUUUCUUUUUCUCAAUUUUAACUUUAUGGGCGCUUCAGGUCCAGUUUCUUCUUCAGAUUAUCAUCAAUCGGAUUGCCCUUCUUAUCACGAACAAAAAGAAAGUCUUAUACAUGAAAUGGGGGACUGCAGCCUUGAUCACAGCAAUAAACAUUUCGGUCUACUGUAUCUGGAUUCCUGCUCGUUUGCAGACGAGUAAGGAAUACAUCGAGAUCAACAAGGUUUGGGAUCGCUGUGAGAAAGCAAUCUACUUGCUGGUCGAUGGCCUUCUCAAUGCGUACUUCUUGUAUCUCGUGAAGAACAAGUUGAUGGCUCGUGGUAUGGCCAAGUACAGGCCUCUAUUUAGGUUCAACGCAUUCAUCGUCUUGGUUUCAUUGAGUAUGGAUGUUCUGAUUAUCGCCAUGAUGAGUAUGAAGAAUACUUUUGUCUAUAUGCAAUUUCAUCCAGUCGCCUAUAUUGUGAAACUCAACAUUGAAAUGAGCAUGGCCGAACUUAUCACGAAAGUUGCCCAAGCUCCGAAUCAACAUGUUGUUGGACCGGGAAGCAGCGGCCCUCAUACAUCCAGUGGGGACCCUGGGUCUACCGGAGUAAGUAGGUCCUGGUAUAACAAAGGAGGGAAGGACCAUAAGCGACUGUCCAGCCAAGGGCGCAACAAUCUUGCUGGACAAGUGGGUCCUGGCAAGUUGGACAGCAGUCGCGGAGAUGGUGUGACGAGUCCAGACCCGAACAAGAAUUACUCGGCCUGGGUCUCCGGAGGGAGUCGAACACACCAUCGGGAUGUCGAGUCGGGACGUCGGUACCCUCAUGGAACGCACUUCGAAGAAGAUGAGGAUGACAUUGGCGAUGCACCGCACGAGACGCAUGAGAUGGGAUUCCUCGACUUCGUCAAAAAUGGAAAUCGUUCGAGAACGGAAGAGAACGUUAUUGUCAAAACCAUGGAGACCAUCGUUUCAACUAAAGAUAUUGAUGAAAGUGGGAGUGUCACGCCCUCAACAACCAACACUGUCAUCGUGGGACCCAGUCGAGGUACGAGUGAGACCGGAUCGACGAACGAGUUGAAGCCUUCCAGAUAA